CUUCCUGUCGCACUACCUACCUACCUAACCUUUUUAUUUUUUUUUCCAAUCCGAAAUCUUCUAGAUGUUCGGCAAACCUUCCAACGUAAACCUUCCACUCUAAAAUCGACAUAUUAACUUUUUUGGCCUGUGGCAGAAUUUAGCGUAGCCAUUAAAAAUGGCAUUGUUCGAGAAGUUAGACGUCAACCCGGAUAAGGUGCCCAACACCAAACUUGGUCUUCACAUCUUCCAGGGCGUCCUCGCUAUAGUCAUAUUCAUCCUUGAGAUCGUUUUGUUUCGAGCCGACGAUUCGAUAAUUAACGGUAAUAAUGGCUGGCCAUUUGGUCUGUGUUUCUUAUCUAUCCCGGCUUGGUUAUACUUAGCUUUAGCGCCGCGAUUUGAGCGAACUCGAAAGGCUGCCCAGCCGCAUGUAAUGGUCGUUACCGAUACUAUCUUCGCCAUCUUCUGGCUAUCUGGUUUCGCAAGUCAAGCCGCUUACAAUACUGCCAACUCCUGCGGGCAAGGUUGCUCCGUUAGCAAGGCUAUUGUUGGAAUCGCUUUCUUCGAAACGUUAGCUUGGGCUGCAACGACAGCCGUCAGCGUAUACACCCUGAGAUACUACCAGCGUACCGAGAGUCUACCCGGCUACGAAAACAUCGGUACUAGCCAGAACAUCGACCCGGACAAGGCAGCAUUCUCGAUGGCGCCGCACGACGAAGAAGCAUAUGCGCCCGUGCAGAUGGACGAUCAUCACGAGGAUGAUCACCACGACGGUCCUUACGACCCAGAUUCGUUCGGCGGACGAUUUGACAAUGAUACGGCGUACAGACCGCACAGCACGUCUCCGGCCCCUCUCGAGAACCCCUUCGAUACCUACCGAACACACAGCACAUCGCCAGCGCACAGCGACCUAUACGGCGACCCUUACGGCUCUCAAACAUCCAGGCCUCACAUAUACGCCCCGCCUGCGGCAGAGCCGUACGACGACGACAGGCCGGUGCAAUUCCCCAGCGCGGACUACGACCGGACGUUGCAUUAAAGUGUUUUCAGUUGGCGUAACGAUUUCCCCGUUUCCGAGAAUGCGUUUGGGAGCUGAUGGAUGGACCAUGGGAAAGUUCAAAUUACCUACCUUACCUAGGUACAUAGGAUAAGAGUUGUUUGGGACAGGGUGGCUGGCCAGUAUAAAAGCUUCACGACGGUGAUCGGUGUUCCGGAUACCUAUUUCAUUGUGGUGCUAUGGGAUACCAGGAUAGUGCCUACGAUUGUCGCGUUUAUGUUUUGCGUUGCGAUAGCAUAGUGUGCAAAUAGAUCUUGCAGGGG